AUGGCGUCCAUCCCCGAAACAGUGGGCAAAUUACCCCUGCGCCUGCGCAACUUCUUCGCUCGCUACCCGCCCCAGAUUUACUCCGCCUUGGUCGCCCCGACCCCGUCUGUCCCCGAUGGCGAGGCAUCCGCAGAACAGAACUUGCCAUCCCCAUACACACCCGACCGCGACGCCAAGGGAGCCCGCAAGCCAGACCCUGAAGCUUUCUCUCUUUCGCAAGCCUUGCUGCAUAACGAUCCCAACAACCAAAAUCCUUUCCUGCCGCGGAAGAUCUUCACGACCGGAAAGUGGGUUAGUCCCCGGUAUGGAUUGCGCCAGCAGGCCGACCUUGUGAAGCUUGCCAUCAAGUACAACGUCGAACCCCUCCUGCCACCGGGUCGCAAGUCUACUGCGUUCAAGGAGGCCCGUCUAGCCGAGCGGGGUCUGCGCAUCAAGGGUACUGGUAUUGGCCAGAAGGUUAAGGGUCACAAGUGGGAACGUACCAUGGAGGCACGUCUUGAGGAUCGUCGUAAGGCGAUGGUCGAGAUGCCCGAGAUGAUCCGUUUGUGGAAGCAGAGAGGUCAUGGUCGUGGCUGGCGACAGUGGCCCAAGCGGUAA